AUGCCUCGACCGCCGACCAUUUUGCUGCUGGCGGCGGUCGUCGCGUUUUUAACGGGUCAUCGCUUAAUACAGGCUCAAGAAACCCCAGACCCAAGCUUACUCCCUCCGGUCGCAUUUUCCGUGGCCGAAUCUGCCCCUAUUGGGUAUCACAUUGGAUUCGUUGAGGGAGCACCACAGCCGAGUCUUGAUGCUCGAUAUUUCGUGGUGGCUACAGAUCCGGAUAAGGCUGAUUCGUACAUCCACAUCAGCGAACAAUCAGGGGAAAUCACCGUAAAGGCGCUGCUCGAUUAUGAAACGCAACGAAGAUUUGAAUUUGUUGUAAUCCCGAUUGGAGGCGGUGCCGGAAUCCCGGUGACGAUCAAUGUUGAAGACGAAAAUGAUAAUGAGCCUGUCUUCACACAGCCUGAUAUUCGGAUCGACAUCUCGGAAUUCGUGCGGAUUGGGGCGGAAUUUCCUUUGCCCUCUGCUAUUGACCAUGACGGGCCACCACUAGAUGUCAGGAGUUAUAGAAUAGUCCAGGGUAACGUCAAUAACGUCUUCAAGCUAGCUUCAAAGCGCAUCAACAACAUCUUAUAUGCAGAUUUGGUAGUGAAUGGAAGGCUGGAUCGGGAAUACCGUGAAUCCUACCAUUUAAUAAUUGAAGCUGUUGAUGGGGGUAAUCCACCGAGAAGUGGUGAGCUUCAAGUCUCUAUAUUAAUCCUUGAUGCCAACGAUAAUGCACCGGAAUUUUCGGAGAAGGUAUACCACGCCACAAUUACCCCUGAUCAUCCAAUGGAUAAAACCAUAAUUACCAUCAAAGCGACAGACAAAGACACAGCACAUAAUGGACAGCUUGGAUAUCGGAUUGCGCAGCCAUCAUCGCCAGUCGGUCGCCUUUUUUCCAUCGCCCCAACUGGUGGCAUAACGAAACGCUCCAUCUCCAAACUUCCACCCGGGACCUUCGAAUUUGUUGUAAUAGCUGCUGAUCACGGAAUACCGCCACAGGAAUCAAGUGUCGUGGUCUCUGUAACUGUCGAAGGCCAAGUCGGAAAAGCCCCGACUUUGGAUGUAUUGUGGUUGACUGACGAUACGGAUUCCCGACUACCUGAGAAUUCAACUCUCGGCUCAAUCGUGGCGCGCGUUAAUGUAACAAAUUACGAUCCAGAAAAGCAUGGAAAAGUCGAGUUGACCGGCUGUCCUUCAUUAUGUCUGCAACAGGCCCAGCAUCCAUCCGUUUAUCUAGUUAUCCUUUGCGGGUUAUUAGAUAGAGAGAUGACUUCAGAAUAUCAUCUAAGAUUUCUGCUAAAAAAGGAGGAAGAACUAAUCAUGGAACAUCCUGUGGUUUUGACUAUUGAAGAUAUCAACGAUAAUAUUCCUGAAUGGCAUCAAAAGAAUUAUCAUCUCGCGCUUAAUCGAACAAUUUCCGACCCAGAAGAUCCUCAGCUCGAUCUAUCAGCCGUUGACGGAGAUGCAGGGAGUAAUGGAAGAUUACGGUAUUGGAUCGAGGGUACUGACGUGAUAGCAAUUGAUGAAGAUACCGGUCGUCUACACUAUGCAACCGAGCUCGACUGUUCAAUUGGUUCUGAAAUUCGAUUUCGAGUCCAUGCUACUGACAAGGGGCAACCUCCACUGACGUCUCACGUUCAGGUGACUGCCGAGAUUGUGGAUUCUUCCGGAAAACCGCCACAGUUCGAUCGAUCAUUGUAUUCCGAGCGCAUUCAGGAGAACGUCGAAGUUGGGACGUGUAUUUUUAAGAGGCUUGCGCAUUCUGUGAUUGGCCGGAGCAUU